AUGUCAAAGUGGUCACUCUCUCAAACCAUCACCAAUGAACAAAAACUCUUUGCUUGCCCAUCAAGUGUAGCCCUUUCCCAUCGCUAUAACAAACUUUUUGUUGCUACCUACGAUGAUAUUGAAUGUUGGAUGAAUAAUUGUUGCAUUCAAGUAUUUGAUAUUAAAAAGAAUGGAGAAGAAACAACCUAUUCCUAUCAGGGAAGAAUGCUCAUUCCGGCCAAUCCAAACAAUUUACUUCUUGUCAGUGAUGAUAAUGAUGAUUCUCUUCUUGUCAGUUGUAGUGCAAGAAAUGCUUUGUUGAGAUUUCAAGUUUCUGAUUUAUUGGAAAAUGCUGUUGAUGAUGAUGACUAUUCAACUCAACCUAUUUGGAGAGUUGAAAGUAAAUUUGGAUAUCCAUGUGGAAUGGCUGAGGCAACAGAUGAAAAUGGUGAGAAGAUUAUUUUUGUUUGUGAUGAAAGCAAGAAUAGAAUUGCAAUUCUUUCAUUUAAGGAUGGAAAAAUUAUGAGAUCACUAUAUGGACAACUCAAUGAAAUAGAAAGUUCAGAAGGUAAAGGUGAUGAUGAAACAGAAACUCCGCAGGAAGUUGAAAAUUCGGAGCCAGUAGAAACUGCUGAAACUAGUUCAGAAGAAAUUCCUCAAGCUGAAAACAAAUCAGAUGAAGAAGAGUUACCAACAAAUAGAUAUUCAUUCACAAAAAUUGCAUCUGUUUCAGUCAAUCAGAAUGGUAGCCAGUACACUAUUAUUGUCUCAGGAUAUAGAACUAGUCACAAAAUUAUUUUGAAUGGCUUAAUGUCAACUGAGAUUAUUGAAACUGAAUUGAAAAGUUGUGGAACUCACUCAACUUUGGAUAGCUUGAAAAAUCAACAAAUAUUUGUUGGCUGUUCCAGUAAUGAAGUUAGUAUUCUUGAUUUGGAAAGCGAACAAGUGGUAUUUACUACAAAUGAAUUUAAUCUUGAUCGUCCUGUUCACGUAUUGUUAGAUAAUACUACCAGAACAUUAUUCAUUGUAAAUGAUAAUUGUCCAAGUAUUACAAUUUUAACAGAAAGAGUUGAAUGA